CAUAAGGGAGGAAUGCCAAUCUUUAACUCCAUCACAUGGAGUUCAAACUUAUUGUCCUAAUACAUAACUAAAACUUUUGCUUGGGAACAACCUUUGUCAACAUGAUUGAUGCAUUCUUGUUUGUGUGAAUCUUCUUCAACUUAGCCGUAUUUUCUUCGAUGGUACCCUUUAACCACUUGAAUACCCAUUUUGUUUUUUUCCAAUGAUUUUCUUUCUUUAGGAAGUUGUACCAAGUCAUAGGUUUCAUUUUGCUAUAAGAGAUCUAUCACAUCUUGCAUAGCUCUUAACCAAGGUGACAUAUUGUUAGCAACUUAGUUAAGCUAACAAAUAGUAUGUUUAUACCUUAGCCAAUUCAUGUACUUGGAGAACUAUAGGGAAAUGCUACCGAAAUUUUAUCAAAAUGAAACUAAGCAUGUUAGUGAUUGAUUCAUAGGGAUUAUGUAUUUCUAAAUGGGAUAGGAACCACUAUCAAAUAUAGAAGUUUGAGAUGAUAAAAAACAUAUCACAUUCAUUAUAAGUUGAUAUGAAGAUUCAUUGUUAUGUGAUUGAAGGGUUUAAUUUGCGGAAGUACGAGAAAAAUUUAAAUAGAUAAGAGUUGGAUGCAGAAGUCAAGAGUAAGUAGUGAAUAUCAUAAAGGAGUUUUGGAGUUCUUAGAUUUUGCCUUUAGCAAUGCACUUGGAAAAGAAAUGUUCCCAUGUCCUUGCAUUCGUUGCAAUAAUUAUGUUAUACAGAAGUGAGAAAUCAUGUAUGACCAUUUGUUGGACAAUGGGAUAGCUAGAAAUUAUGUGUGAUGGUUGAUGUAUGGGGAAUAUGAGUUUUGUGAACCUACGAAUACUAGCACUAAUGAGUCUGAUAUGCAUGAUGAGAUGGAAGAAAUAUUAAAUGAUGCAUUUGGAAUGUCAAUGCCAAAUGAGGAAUCUGAACGAAGUCCACAUGUGCAUGAGGAGUUUGAAAAACCAAAUAAGGAUGCAAAUAAAUUUUAUAAUUUGUUAAGAGAAGCAGAUCAUGAACUAUAUCUAGGGUGUAAAAAAUUCACAAAGUUGUCUUUUAUCAUAAGAUUAUUUCCUAUGAAGUGUCUUAAUGGAUGGAGCAAUAAGUCAUUUACAAUGUUGCUUGAAUUGUUGAAAGAGGCACUUCCUGAGGGUGAGACAUUGCAAAGCAACUAUUAUGAAGCAAAAAAAUACUUCGUGACCUUGGCCUUCAUUAUAUCAAAAUUGAUGCAUGCCCCUCAGAUUGCAUGUUGUAUUCAAAAGAGCAUGCAAAUGAAAAUGAGUGUUGUUUGUGGUGUCUCCAGAUGGAAAUCAAGUGAUGAUCAUUCUACAGAUGAGUUCACUAAGUUAGUAAAGAAAAAGAAAAUUCCUACUAAGGUCUUGCGUUAUUUUCCCUUAAAACCAAGGCUUCAAAGAUUAUAUAUGUCAUCUAAGACAGCUUCUCACAUGAAAUGGCAUGUUGAUGGUCGCAUGGAAGGUGAGAUGAUGAGACAUCCAGUGGAAUCUUUGGCUUGGAAAAACUUCGAUAAUGUACACCCUUCAUUUGCACUAGAACCUCGAAAUGUUAGGCUCGAUUUAGCAAGUGAUGGGUUCAAUCAUUUUGGGAAUAUGUCAAUUUCAUACAGUAUGUGGCCUGUGGUUCUUAUUCCACAUAACUUACUACCUUGGAUGUGUAUGAAACAAACAUUCUUCAUGUUGUCAUUGCUUAUUUUUGGUCCAACUACACCUGGGAAUGACAUUGACAUAUACUUACAACCAUUGAUAGAUGAGUUGAAUGACUUAUGGGAGGUUGGAGUUGAAACAUAUGAUGCUUCAACAAAACAAAAUUUUUAUAUGCGUGCAACUAUAUUAUGGAUCAUCAAUGAUUUUCCUGCAUAUGCAAAUCUUUUAGGUUGGAUUACUAAAGGGAAAUUUGUUUGUCCUAUUUGUAAUAAGGAUUGUUUUUCAUAUCGAUUACAAAACGGAUAGAAAUUGUGUUACAUGGGUCAUCGUCGAUUUUUGCCGAUUGAUCAUAGAUUUCGACGUGAUAAAAAGUCCUUUGAUGGAAAUGAAGAGCAUAGAGCAGCACCUAAACAAUUGUCUGGGAAAGAUGUUCUACAUCAAUUAGAUGGAAUGGAACAUAUUACUUUAAGGAAGAUAUCAAAAAAUAAGAUGUCAGCAAAAAGAAAAAGAGAACAUGUUGAACUUGAGCACAAUUGGAAAAAAAAAAAAAAAAAUUCCAAUUGCCAUAUUGGAAAACCCUCAUUUUGCGUCACAAUUUGGAUGUAAUGCAUAUUGAAAAGAAUAUAUGUGACAGUAUAGUUGGCACCUUAUUGAGUAUCGAUGGUAAAUUGAAUGAUAACUUCAAUAGUCGUCUUGACUUGUAAACUAUGGGUAUCAGAGAUCAACUUCACCCCAUACAAAGAGGGAAUAGGGUUAUAUUGUCUGUUGCAUGCUAUUCACUAACUUCAAAUGAAAAAAAGGAAUUCUGUAAAUUUUUUAAAGAAGUAAAGGUUCUAGAUGGUUAUGCUUCUAACAUCUCUCGUUGUGUACAAGUGAAUGAAAGAAAGAUAUUUGGGUUGAAGUCUCAUGAUUGUCAUGUUCUCAUGCAACAACUCCUUCCACUUGUAAUUCAAGGAGUUUUACAUAAGAAUGUUUAUAUUGUUAUAGUUGAACUAUGUAGUUUUUUCAAAUAGUUGUGUUCUUAAGUGUUAAAGACUGAUCAAUUAAAGCACAUUGAGAAUGACAUAAUAGUCACACUUUGCAAAUUAGAAAGAAUAUUUCCUCCAUCAUUCUUUUAUGUUAUGGUGCAUUUACCUAUUCAUCUUGCAAGUGAGGCAAAGGUUGCUGGACCAGUGCAAUAUCGAUGGAUGUAUCCUAUCGAGCGGUAUGUUCUCAUCCAAUUAAUCUUAUGUAUAUUAGGUUUCGUAUAGUUCAUGAAACAAAUCUAUCAUGUUGUGGAAUGACAAGUAUUUAUGUACAUUAAAGUCUUAUGUCCGUAAUAAGAGUCGUCCAAAAGGUUCUAUUAUAGAGGGGUACAUAGCAGAAGAAUGUACAACCUUUUGUUCAAGAUAUUUGCAUGAUGUUGAAAUGAAGCAUGAUCGUGAAGAAAGAAAUUAUGUCAUUGAAAAUAACAUAACUGUUGGCAGAUCGAAGGGUUGGUCGCAUCCAUCAACUCCCCUUGUGUUCGCCGUGGACGCUUAGGUGAAUGCACUAUAAGGCUAGGGUAUGUGCAUUUCCUAACAACAAUUGCUUUUAGGAGAGUUGGUAGUGCCUGAGGUCCUACAAGUGGUAUCAGAGACGAGGUCACGGGUUUGAACCCCAAUGGUGUUGCUAGGGAGGAGAUUGUUGGUAGACCGGAGAGUUGGCCGCAUCCAUCAACUCCCCUUGUGUUCGCCGUGGGCGCUUGGGUGAAUGCAUUAUAAGGCUAGAGUAUGCGCCUUUCCUAACAACAAUUGCUUUUAGGAGAGUUGGUAGCGUCUAAGGUCCUACAAUAACAAAUGGUGGAGGGUUAACCAUUUUCAAAUGCAUGAGACAUACAAUAGGAAAGUCAACAUCUCGUGUUCUUAGCACAAAAGAAUGGUCCCAAGCACAUUUAUAUGUGUUGACUAAUUGUGAGGAAGUGACGUCAUUUAUUGAGUAAGACACUUAUUUGAAUAAAACUUUAUAUUAAUUCUCAUACAAAAAUUUAAUUUUGGUUUUUGUGAGCAUUAUAAUUAAUUUUUUCUUUUUUUAUCAGAGAGCAUAAGCAAUCUAUAAGGGUUAAGCCUCGUAUUCAUUCACGAGAUGUAGAUUUGAUUCACACAAGAGAAUUCAUUAGUUGGUUUGAAGAACGUAUUAUACAAAUGCGACAUGAAGGUCCAAUUUCUGAACACAUACUAUCAUUGUCUCGUGGACCAAGUACAUCAGUUACAUGUUAUACAUCAUUAAUGGGUUCAAAUUUCACACAAGAGAACGAGAAAAUGGAAAAAAAAACUCAAAAUAUUGGAGUUGUUGUGACCGCAAAGGUAUCAAGCUUUGCAAGUGCAAGAAAUAAGAACUCAAUUCCUGGUCAUCUUUCUUACUAUGGUGUGCUAACUGAUGUAAUUGAGUUACAUUACCUUGGUGGAAAUAAAGUUAUUUUAUUCAAGUGUGAUCGGUGGGAUGUAAUCAAUAGUGGAAGAGAAAUAAAGAAGGAUGACUAUGGGUUCACGUGUUUGAAUUUUGAAUGUACCAUAUGCACAGAUGAACCAUUUGUGCUUGCAUCUCAAGCAAAACAAGUCUUCUAUGUUCAAAAUUCAAAUGAGGAAAAUUGGCACACCGUUGUAGAGAUACAAACUCAAGGGGUUUAUGAUAUGAAUCAGAAAGUAUCUACCAAUGAUCCAAAGCCAUAUCAACAACUUAUAACACUUCAUAGUCAACGUGAUGUGCAUGAGUUGAUCGAGAAUGAUUUAAUCAAUUGGGAUAGAAAUGAUAUUGCAUGAGAAAAUAUCCAACAGAUGUUCUACUAUCACGACAAGAAAACAUUGUUGAAAGAGAUAAUGAAUUCAUUCAUGAUGAUGAUAUAGAUGAUGUGUAGCUAAUAAUAUUGGUAAGUACAUAAAUAUAUACUUACCAGAUAUACAAAUUGUAAUUUAUUUCAUAUUAUUUAUGUAACUUAUUUUGUAUUACUUUUUUUAAUUUACUUUAUUAUGUAGGAAAUGUUACAUCGAAGAGGAAGAGUACAAAUAGUGUCUCCAAAAGAUGAGUUGGACAAUCUACAGCAACUCUUAGACAUACAAUCUGCUGCAACUACUACUCCUAAUAGUUCUGAUCCUUCUGAUUCUUCAGAUCUUUCUGUUGUUGGUAUGAUUAAGAAGAUUAUAUUUAACUUUACAUAUGAUAAAUGUGUUUACAUAUGUUUAAUUUCUUGAAUGAUAGGUUUUUAAUGUUUAAUUUUAUAUAAGAUAAGUAAAUUAUAUUUCUUUUAAUUUCAUUAUUACUCUUAAUAGGUUCAUUCUCUAGCAAAAAGAGGACACGUGGCCCAACACGUAACUUAGAUUUACUUAGUAUGAAACCUGAGGAAAUAAAAACUACACGAUUCAAUACCAGAGGACAAGUUGUUUCUGAUGGAAAAGGGAAAAGAUUGUCAAGCUAUAUGGGAACAUUAGUGCGAUCUCAACACAAUGUACCCAUCCAAGUUCAAGAUUGGAAUCAUGUUAGUGAAGAUGUGAAAGAAAAGAUUUGGGCCUUAGUAUUGGAAAAAUAUGAACUAGAAGAAACAUGUAAGAGCUACAUUCUUCAAUGUUGUGGAAAUUUGUUUAGAAGCUAUAGAAAUAAAAUGAAGGCCAAGUAUUAUAACCCUUAUAAUAUAGAUGAGGAGAGAUUGUGUCAUCGACCUCCACACUUAUCGGAUGAUGAUUGGAGGUGGCUCAUCCACUUUUGGGGUACACUUGAGGCCAAGGUAAAGAUAAUGAUAUUUUCUUGAUAAUGUAUCUUAUGAUACUCAUAUUCACAUAAAAUGAUAUUUAUUAGUUAUAUCUAACCUAAUACUUCAUGUAUAUAACUUUUAUUAUGUUUCUAUUACCUAUAUAGGUGACUUGCUAUU